AUGUUAACGAGUGACGAAAUCCUAGAGCAGGCAGCUCGCGACGGCUCCAUCGACAUAUCGGAAUGGCCGCGAGUAUUGGAGAACAUAUUGCACAAACUACACAGUAUUGUCCAUAACGACUUUCCCUUACCAAAAGCUCCGCCGCCUCCCAAUCCACCCAUCCUAUCACCCGCCGCACCCGUUAUCCUCCCUUCAAACGACAAUGCAGCACCCCCGCCAAAGUCGCCAGAAUCCACCGUGACGACAACAGAGACCGCGGAACCGCCCACGAGCAUCGACAAGGAAAAUGCUGUCCCACGCCCUCCUGUUCCUUCCUUCGCUGCAGUUCCACGAGUCCGCCAACAAUCCCCUUCCUCACCUCUGCCGCCAGAAUUAUACGCUCUCUACCACUACUCAAGGAGCACGCUCGAAAAGAACUUCCCCACACACCCGCCAUACACAGUCCAGCGCCUUGCAGAGCUAGUCUUGCAUCCAAAGAGAUACUACCGCUACCUACCACCUUUCCUACAAGCUCUCGACCGUGUCGUCUCUGUCACCAGCACCGUAACCGAGUUUCCUCUAGCCCACGCCAGCAUCGACUCUGCAAGCGGCUUCCUCGCAAACGGCGAGCCCAGCGAGAAUUCAUCUGAACGCGAAGGCCUGGGUAGUGAUGAAAGUCUAGGCGGCGCACUACUCACUCCCAUCCCCUGGCUGAAGCGCGAAAACGGCCACCACGAUUUCCGCAGCGAAAGUUCACAAACCAUAGAAGGUCCGAAUGGCGUCGGCGUCAUCGAAACCGUUUCAGUCUCUAAUGGCGGAUCUACCUCACCACAGGAGGAAGACACAAGAAGUCACGAACAACACUUGCGCGCAGAGGGCGGAGUCACACAAGGCGAGUUGCUACGUCAAGAGCAGGAAGCCGGUAUUGUGCCCGUGGGCCAGGAAGUCCCUCGUCGCACCUUGAUGGCCAGCGGUUCUGCCAAUGCUGUCGGCAGAGGUGAAAGCACACAUGCGGCAGAGGAAGAAGCCGGAGAGAAGCCAGAGGAACACGCCCAUGCUCGCGGACCAGAAGAGAUUGGAGCUGAAGAUAUGGGACCUCAACCAGAUUCAUCUAUUGGUGUCACGAGACCACUCAACAUGGAAGCUGCAGCUGGAAGAGCCAAAUCGCCCGAAGUACCGCGUGAUGGCAAGGAUGCUGAGGACGACACUGUCAAAGAGGGCACAACUGGAGCUGGAGAAGACAAGAAAGAGGAACCGAAGACUGAAAAGCCCAAGCCUGUGGAAGCAGAGCAGGUUGAUGAAGAAAUGCCAGAUGCCUAG